GUGAUUUUUGCCGAUAGUUUUCAUGGGUAUUGAUGUCCAGCUGAUAAUUUGAAGAUCUCAGCAAAGUGAAGUCUGGCGUGACAACAUGAAUUCACCUUACACAGCCGUGCAGUAUUAUCCAGAGUUUGCCUUUCAUCGACUCAGGGACCCCUCUUCCCGCUCCUGGAGAGAGAGCUCAUUCCUCUCAGCCAUGUCACAAACUCAGCCAGCUCAGACAUCUGACUUCUUCAGCCAAGAUGUAUUCAACCAACUGUUUGAUAUGCUGGACCAGUCUGCUAUUCAUUCUGUCCAACCCAUUGAGCUCAACUUCACAGACCAUCCAAGUGAUGGGUCAGCAGGAAACACCAUUCAGAUCAGUAUGGACUGCAUAACCAUGCAUGAACCAGAUGAGACCCUUUCUUCUCAGUACACAAACCUGGGGCUCCUGAACAGCAUGGAUCAGAAUGGCGGCUCAACCUCCACCAGCCCCUACAACAACGACCAUGCGCAGAACAGUGUGACAGCCCCAUCACCCUACGCCCAGCCCAGCUCCACCUUUGAUGCCCUUUCACCUUCCCCAGCCAUCCCCUCCAAUACAGAUUAUGCCGGGCCCCACAGCUUUGAUGUUUCCUUCCAGCAGUCAAGUACAGCAAAGUCUGCCACCUGGACGUACUCCACAGACCUGAAGAAGCUGUACUGCCAAAUUGCCAAGACGUGUCCCAUUCAGAUCAAAGUCCUGACCACGCCACCCCAGGGUGCUGUUAUCAGAGCAAUGCCCGUUUAUAAGAAAGCAGAACACGUUACUGAAGUGGUCAAACGCUGCCCGAACCACGAGCUCAGCCGCGAGUUCAACGAUGGUCAGAUUGCUCCCCCCAGUCACUUGAUCCGAGUGGAAGGAAACAACCACGCCCAGUAUGUGGAGGACUCCAUCACUGGAAGACAGAGCGUAUUAGUACCUUAUGAGCCGCCGCAGGUGGGCACAGAAUUCACCACAAUUUUGUACAACUUCAUGUGCAACUCAAGCUGUGUUGGUGGGAUGAAUAGACGCCCAAUUCUCAUCAUCGUCACUCUGGAAACCAGAGAUGGUCAGGUAUUAGGCCGCCGCUGCUUUGAGGCCAGGAUCUGCGCCUGCCCGGGCCGAGACAGAAAGGCAGACGAGGACAGCAUCCGCAAGCAGAAUGUAACGGAUGCCACAAAGAGCAGUGAGGGUACGAAACGCCCCUUCCGCCAAGUCUCCCACGGCAUUCAGAUGUCCGCCAUUAAGAAGAGAAGAUCUACAGAUGAGGAGGUGUUUUGUUUGCCGAUAAAAGGUCGUGAAAUUUAUGAGAUUUUAGUAAAAAUCAAGGAAUCUCUUGAGCUCAUGCAGUUUCUGCCACAGCACACUAUAGAGUCGUACAGACAGCAGCAGCAGAAUCUCCUACAAAAACAGACUUCGAUGCAGUCUCAGCCCUCCUAUGGCUCGAGCUCCCCAACCCAUGGAAAAGUCAACAAGCUGCCCUCCGUCAGCCAGCUGAUGAACCCCCAGCAGCGCAACACGCUCACCCCAUCCAGCAUGUCUGGAGGCCUGACUGACAUGUCUCCUAUGAUGGGCACUCACAUCCCUAUGAACGCUGACAUGAGUUCACUGAGCCCCACACACGCACUGCAGCCACAGCUCCCCCUGGUGCCUUCCUCCCACUGUACCCCCCCUCCUCCAUACCCCAUGGACAGCAGCAUCUCAAGCUUCCUCAUUCGGCUGGGCUGCGCGGGGUGCUUGGAUUACUUCACAGCACAGGGUCUAACCAACAUCUACCAGAUUGAGAACUAUAACAUGGAGGACCUGUCCAGGCUGAAGAUCCCUGCAGAGUUCCAGCACAUCAUCUGGAAGGGCAUCAUGGAGCACCGACAGGCCAUGGAUUUUUCCCCACCCCCCCACAUAGUGCGCACCACCAGCGGGGCCUCCGCCGUCAGCGUGGGCUCCUCCGAAGCGCGAGGCGAGCGCGUCAUUGACGCCGUUCGCUUCACGCUGCGCCAGACCAUCUCCUUCCCGCCGCGCGACGAGUGGUCUGACUUCUCCUUCGACUUGGAUUCUCGCCGCAACAAACAGCAGCGCAUCAAGGAAGAAGGAGAGUGAGAACGCUGCAGCCCUUUUCCGCGUUUCUUUGUUCCAAACUUCACGCCUGCUGUAUGAACAUUUCAUUUAAAAAACUUGGCAUUAGUGCAAAUACUGCUGAGAACGUAUUUACAUAGAAAUGCACUUAAUUUCAUUGUGGUUCAAAGGUGCAUUUUUUAUGUUUGAUUUCUUGAGAGCACUUAAGAAAUGUAGACGAUUUCAUUUUCAAGUGUUCAUGAUUCAUUCCUGCGGUAAAAGCAUGACUGCAAUCCAAACUUUGCAUUACAGGGCUUAUAAGGGCUUUUAUUUGUGUUACAAAGUGUAUUUGUUAAUAAUGUAAGACUUCUACGUUUCACCAUUCUGGCUGUAUUCUUGUUAGUCGAGUACACUGGUUUUUACUGGAGGCAGAAGUCAGCGUUGAUUGUAAACAUUUCAAACAUUUCCUGUCAGAAGUAUUACUGUAUGUCAAGUGAUGGGCAAUUUGUUCUUCUGCUUUCAUUUCUAUAUUUUGCUCUUUUUUUUAACGUCUGUUGAGACCAACGCAGCAUUGUUUUUGUGUCAGGUUGUGAAGUAUGUUUAAGUGACAGAUGGUCGUUCAUUUGAUGUAGCCAUAUAUAGGCCUAAUGCUCUUGACCCAGUGUUUCACAGUAAAUAUAAUGACUGAUGUCCUUUUGUUGUGGUCGACUUCAGAGUGGUUGCCUUGUUUAAGUAUUUUUUUUAUCAUAAACCAUGUUUUGGAAGAGGUUUAUUUCAUUUGAUGACUGGCCAGAACUUCUGAUAUAGUGUAUAUAAAUUUGUAUAGUUCUUUUAUUUGAAAGUCUCCCUAAAGAAAAUGCAUGAUUUCCAUCCUGUUAGUAGCAAAGUGAUGUGAAUAUUGUCUGGUAGAAGUACCAGUAAGAACAAAGUUUGUGUUCAUUCAAAGGAGAACAGAAAGUCUGUUUGUUCACCCCACCAGCCCACUAAAUCAAGUAGCCAGCAUCGUUAGGAAGCAGAAGCAGUCUGCAUUUUCAUAUUUUUGUACAAUGUGUUGUAAAUAUGUUGCAAUAUAUCGGGUAUUUUGAUAUGAAUCUGAAAUAAAUAUCCAUACUUGCUGUACUGCA